GUGCACACACAGCCAUACACACCAGCCCCAUCCGACUAAUGCGCACGCUUCCCCCUGCUCCUGCCACCUAAGGGUCAGCCAUGCUCAGCGCCAGCCCUUCCUCUGCCGCUUUCGCGCCUCUCCUCUUCCUCCUCUUCUUGCCCCGCGUCUCUCCGCAAUGCCAGGCGGCCGAAGCCGACGAAUGCGAGGAGCACGAGGACUUUGUGCCCGGCCACAAUUUGGCUGGGGAGGGCAUUGACAUCACCACGCUAGAGAGGAAAGGGGCCAAGGUGUUGGACAUGAGCCAGUGGCAGAGAGCGGACGGCACCUGCACCUUGUGCCGGAAUCCCAUGCUGGAGGGGAAGCCGCUCCAGAGGCUCCCGUUGGCUGCCGCUGACUGGGAGGCCAAAGUCUCGUGCCAGCGGAAGGUGCACACCUCCCUGCAAAGCAACGGCAUCGGCGUGGUUCAGGCGGCAGGAUCCGACGUGAAAAACGACUGGAGGGUUGGGCUAGACGUGCAGGUGAAGCCCCAAACGAACGUCCAAGUGGCUUUGGCGGGGUCGCACUCCAAGACAGCCGACUUCAGCGUAGACAAGAGCUCACAGGACAAGUACAGUUUCGCUAGACACGAAGUCUCCUGCUCCUACUACAGCUUCCGCAUUGGCCACCACUGGCCGCUCACCCAGCACUUCAAACACGCUGUGAAGAGUCUCCCCAAGAAGUACCACCGUGCCUCCCUGCUGGAAUACCGCCAGCUCAUUGGAACCUACGGGACUCACUUUAUCAGGCGGCUUCACCUGGGGGGGCGCGUGAGGGACGUGACGGCCGUGCGGGAGUGUGAGUCGGUGCUGUACGGGGUGACCGCCGACGAGGUCAAGGACUGCUUGAGCGUCGAGGCGUCAGCCAGUAUUGGUGACGGCAAAGGCAAGAUGGAUGCGGCCUACAAGACAUGCGAAGAGCUGAAAAACAAAAAGGCGUUUAAAGGCGGCUUCCACCAGCUGUACAAAGAGCGGCACACUGAGAUUGUGGGCGGGGACAGUCACACGGACCUGCUCUUUUCUGAUGAUCAGAACACGGAGGCCUUCAAGCAGUGGUUGGAAACCCUCAAAUCUAUGCCCGGGCUCCUUUCUUACUCGCUAGAGCCCAUUCAUACUUUGGUGCCCAAGGAGGACCCUAAAAGGGAGAGCUUGAGGCAGGCAGUGAGUGAGUAUGUGACUGAAAGAGCUCUGUGGAGGAACUGCACCCAACCUUGUCCACCAGGGACUCAACGCAGCGCUCGGGACCCCUGUUCCUGUGUGUGUCCCAGUGACAGCACCACCAAUGCCAUGUGUUGCUCACGAGAACGAGGCCUCGGCAAGCUGACGGUGACAAUCCAACGUGCUCACGGUCUGUGGGGGGACUACUUCACCCGUACUGACGCCUACGUCAAGGUGUUCUACCAAGGGAAGGAGAGUCGCACGUCCACCGUGUGGAACAAUGACAACCCGGUAUGGCAGGUCCACUUGGAUCUGGGGAACAUCCAGGUCUUGGGAGAUACCAGCAAACUCCUGGUCCAAGUCUGGGAUGAAGACAACACAUAUGAUGAUGAUCGUCUGGGACUUUGUGAGAAGACCCUUGAGUCUGGGAAACCACACAAUGAGGUCUGUUACUUAAAUCACGGGCGCCUGGAUUUCCAGUAUCACUUGGUCUGUGGCUCCUACCUGGGUGGCCGUUACUGUUUGGAUUAUGUCGCUCAGCAGCCAAAAUAUGUGGGUGCUUUGUUACAACGUAAGGGCAAAGCAGACCCUGUGAAGCAAAAGUCCCCCUGAAUGUGUGUCCCACUAAAGUUGUUCAAAUAUGGAGGCUCCCAGAGAUGUCCGUGGAUGCCGUUGGCUGCAAAACGCAAUCUGGCUUCUUUCCCGUUAGCUACCAUUUCAGCUACUAAACCUACAGCAAUAAUAGAUUCAUCUGACAAAGCUUAUGCCAGAACAAUUUGUCGGUCUUUAAGGUAUCGCAGAACUCGCCAUUCUUUUUUCACUAAUCAGUGAAAACUCUGAACUUAAGACAACUCCUGCACCAAAGAGAGCUACAUUCUGCAUCACGAAUAGCUGUAUAAGCCACACAAAUAAAGUGAAUAUUCACA